AAAUGAGGGGAUUCCUGGUCAUCCUGCUGUGUGUGGUUGUGUUCCCAAAAGGCCAAUGGUGCGGUAACAAUGGCUGCGUGACCUCGUUGAAACGGGACAUUCUCAGAUUGUUGGUUAAGUGGGAAGAUGCUACUUGUUUCCAGAACGAUCAGGGCCUGCCCCCGAACCUGCUCCAGACUCUGCCUCGAAGCUGCAAGGAAAUCAAAACAGCGCUAGAAGGAGCCACAGAUGGCCUGUAUUACCUGGCCACGGAAGAGGGUGAGGUCUAUCAAACCUUCUGCGACAUGACCACCAAUGGGGGUGGCUGGACUCUGGUGGCCAGCAUCCAUGAGAACAACAUCUAUGGGGACUGCACUCAGGGAGACCGUUGGUCUAGCCAACAAGGGAACCUAAAAGACUUCCCCCAGGGGGACGGCAACUGGGCUAACAAUGCGACUUUCGGGUCUGCCAUGGCCUCAACUAGCGAUGAUUUCAAGAAUCCUGGCUAUUAUGACCUUGAAGCACUGGAUCUGGCCAUCUGGCAUGUCCCCAACAACACCCCCAUGAAGGAGUGGAGGAAUGCUGCCUUCUUGCGGUAUCACACCGAGACAGGCUUCUUGAAUGCCGAAGGGGGGAACCUUCUUAGACUCUACCAGAAAUACCCAGUAACGUUUGGAAUUGGCACCUGCCCAAAUGACAACGGCCCAGCCGUACCAGUUUUCUAUGACUAUGGUAAUGUCGAGCAGACAUCUUUCUUUUACUCACCAAAUGCUCGAGCUCAGUUUGAACCUGGCUUCAUUCAGUUCCGGGUGUUUAGUACCGAAAAAGCAGCCAUGGCUCUGUGUGCUGGGGUUAAAGUGACCGGAUGCAACCCAGAACAUACCUGUGUCGGUGGAGGAGGGUAUUUUCCAAAAGAUUCUCCAUCGCAAUGUGGCGACUACACUGCCUUCGACAAGAAUGGCUAUGGGUCUCACAGUAGCUGGAGUGUUUCCAAACAAUUAUUGGAAUCUGCAAUGCUGAUCUUUUACCACUGAUUGUAA